AUGGCGCUGGGGAUGGUGGUUCCUGAAGGAUAUGUGAGAUGCAACCGCUCUCCCGAGCCGCGGGUACCUCCAACCACCGUGGCUCUCACUGCGGCGGCGCUAUCAAGAGAUCGGUACCGAGCCCCCGGGGGGAGGCAGGGUCAGGCAGGAUCCCCGCGGGAGCGGCACCUCCGACGGUGCGGCCCGGAGGAGGCUGCAGGGGGUCUCCCCGCCGGCCAGGCGCGCGUAGGGAUGGACGGGGGGGAUCAGGGACCCGGCGCUACACAACGGAGCCGCUCCCGGUCCCACCCCCGCUUCUCGCGGCAUUCCCGAGUCCCGCACGUCCCGCUCGCGGAGUGGCGUGGCGUGGCGUGGCGCGGUGCUCCCCCCGCCCGCCUCCCGCGGCCGCCGCCCGGCGGGUCCCGCCCGGCUCCGCAGUGUCGGGGGCUGCCCCGUCACCUGAUCGUCGCCGUCGCCGCGCACGCACCGCACCGCCCCCCCCACCGUCCGUCCCCCCCCUCCCCGCGAACGGGGGCGGGGGUGCCCAGUAUAUACGGCCCCGCCGCCCCCGCCCCUGCCUGCCUCCUGCAGUACGGGAGGCUGCGAGCGCCGCCGCCGCGCCGCGCCCCGGCAGGUGGGCGAGCCGUGCCGAGCUGGGGCUGCUGCGGGGUCUUCAACAUGGCUGGCACUGAAUCUACUACCUUCCUCCAUGAGGCUCAGUGCAACGUCACACAGCGGUGUGGGAGACAGACCACAGAGGAGAAGGACAGAGCACAGAGGAGCCCAGCAGUGUGGAGCCCGGCCAGGGGUCCCCGCAGGUGCUGUGCAGCAGCUGGUGUUGUGAAUCAGGCCGUCACCAGUCGGAGAACGGCUACUUCACAACACCAGGGUUGCACCGCACCGCAGUUCGACCGCCAGCUGGAGAGGAGCCUCAGUUCCUGUGGGCAGGCAGGGGAUGUGGAGCACCUCCUGGCUGCCUCCACUCAAGCCCAGACCUGCAAAGGUAAUCAGGUGCUCAACUCCUAUUUAGGCACCAGCCUCCCACUGAAGUCUGAAAUAGAAGUUAGGCCCCUAAAUAUCUCUGUGGGUCUGGCCCCGAGACCCUGCCUCGCUGGGCAGUGCAGAGCAGUGCUUCAGCAGGCACAGGGCAGCACUGUCAGCAACAUGGUCCCUGCCCCUUCGCAUGCCGUAUGAAUGUUAAGGAACAUGUAACUUUUAUUAAACUGUGGCAAACAGUAAAAAAAGAAGCCUCUGCAUGCUCCGUGUGUGGUUCUCCCUAACAGUCGCAUCUGUGGUCUGUGCCUGUGACUUGUUCUGAUCCCUUCCCUAUCUCGACACCUGAUUGCAUAUUCUCUGUAAAAGAUGUCUACAUACCAGGAAAGAAGUCGGGCUCCUUGGUGUUGAUACUAAAACAGCCCUAGAUGUGUUGUGAUGAAUGAAAAAAUAAAUGGUGGGGUCAUCCAGAAGUGGUACGAACAAUUGCUGUCCUCAAAAUAGAGAAAAUAUUGCUUAAUCAGUGCCUCCUAAAUUACUGGGUGUAGAGGGACAGUGAAGCACGCUCAAACCGAGUGGCCCUGUAACAUGCACCACACAUUUCAGAUCUGAAAUCAGGCUCUCCUCUGCCUCCUCCUUUGUUCCACAACACCAGUGCGAUGUUAGUUUGAGGGGAGUGAAUUACAGAAGACUGCUUUCCAUCCAAAAUCAGGUCAUGUACAUGGAGGUUGGCACAAAGCUGAUGGCCGUAUACAAUCCCUUAAGUCAAACUGAAAUGCUGUUCAGUUUUGAUCUCAGAAAGCAGUCAUCUGCUCUUGGGCUCAGGAUGGGGUUUUCUUUGGUGAGUUUUCCCUUCCUCCCACCCCUCAAAAUGAGUAUAUGCUCUCAGGUGUGGCUGGCUGUUCUCUUGUAUGAUAUAAACCACUAGAUAUGUCUAAAGCAAAGAGUGGAGAAAUGCAGAGAGCAAACGAUUCAGGUAACAUAGAACUCAUCUGAUUGAAGAUGGCAGUAAAAAUGAUUUAAAUCUCUUCCUGGAUGUAUGAUUGCUGGCAGGGAGAUAGACAAGAGUCAGGAUAUGCACAAGACCAGAAAUAGUAUGGGCCUGGAAAUGCAAAUGAAAGGAGACAACGUUACAUUGGACUCAUCCUGCAGUUCAGAUGGACUUCCUACAGAAGUAACCCUUCCUCUCUUAGCAAAAAGUCGACAAGCGAUACCAUGAACAAUGUAAGAGGUGUAUGGGAGGCUCACUCGUACAUGAGGGGAGGGCAAACUGUUGAUGCAGGCUAGCACUGGCUUUUUGUCAUUGAUGAGAGGAAAAGCAAGACCAUGUUUCUACUUCAGGCACUAUGGCAAGGAGAAAUAUGAAUUUGUGAAUCCAACAUGCAAGAAGUCUGUUUUAUUAAACUUGUUCACUGCUAACACAAA